UGAUUACUUACCAAUUAAGCAUUGUUUUUAUGGACCUGGACAGAAUAUUCCUAGUGUCGCAUUUGGCAUAUGGGAUCCACAAAGGUACAAACGGUUCAAGGCAUCUAAUAACACUUCUAUAGUAGUAGUUCCAUUAUACGACUGCCACUUCUCUGCCUCUAUCUCUUUCUCUAUUGAAGAAGAAGAAGCCAUGGGAUCUCUCUGGGUUUCUUUACGAAACUUUUCGAUCAUUUCUCUUUUGAUUUUAUCUAUUGUGAAAUCGUGUUAUGGGUAUACUUGGAAAACUCCGUUUGAUCCAGAGGAUAUUCUUCCUUUAGUACCUAAGAAAAUAUCAUGGCCUAUACUGAAUUCUCUUCAUAGUGCUGUUGAUCUACUUCCUACUUUUGUUGGAGCUGCUUCUUCUUCUAAUGAUACCCUUGAGUGGAAAGGUGCUUGUUUUUAUAAAACUAACGCUUGGAUGGAGUUCCAUAAUAAAACAGGUAGUCAGUUUGGUGGUGGUACUCUUCAUAUCCAGACUAGUAAGCCACAUAGUUGGACAUGUAUGGAUCUCUACAUCUUUGCAACUCCAUACCGUGUGACAUGGGACUACUACUUCUUGGCCCGGAAACAUACUCUUGAGCUGAAAGAGUGGGUAGGGAGAGCUGAAUAUGACUAUGUUAAAAAUAAUGGCGUAUCAAUCUUCCUUAUGCAUUCAGGGAUGAUAGGAACACUUCUAGCCCUUUGGGAUGUCUUUCCUUUGUUCACAAAUACUGGAUGGGGUGAGAAUUCAAAUCUUGCUUUUCUCGAGAAACACAUGGGAGCAUCCUUUGGUGUACGUGCUCAGCCAUGGGUUACAAAUAUAACGGUCGAUAGCAUUCACUCGGGAGAUUUCUUAGCCAUAUCAAAAAUACGCGGGCUAUGGGGAGGUUUCGAGACCAUGGAGAAGUGGGUUACCGGAUCUUAUGCCGGGCGUACAGCAGUUUGCUUGAAAGAUUCCGAAGGAAAGUUAUGGGUUGGAGAAUCUGGUCAUGAAAAUGAGAAGGGGGAAAAUAUUAUUGCGCUGAUGCCAUGGGAUGAAUGGUGGAACUUUGAGCAUACUAAAGACGAUGCUAAUCCUCAUAUUGCAUUGCUACCUUUGCACCCUGACAUUCGGGUCAAAUUCAAUGAGACUGCAGCCUGGGAAUAUGCGAGAAGAAUGGCAAAGAAACAAUAUGGCUACCAUAAUAUGAUAUUUAGCUGGAUAGACACUAUAGAUGGGAAUUACCCACCUCCAUUGGACGCACAUUUGGUUGCUUCUUUUAUGACGGUGUUUAAUCAAAUACAGCCGGCAUAUGCUGCUAAUAUCUGGAAUGAAGCAUUGAACAAGAGGCUUGGUACCCAGAAUCUUAGCCUUCCCGAGGUUCUAGUAGAAACUGAAAAGCGUGGUCUGCCUUUCGAUAAAUUGCUGACAAUCCCUGAACAAGACAACUGGGUUUAUUCUGAUGGGGCAUCAACCUCUUGUGUCGCCUUCAUUCUUGAAAUGUAUAAAGAGGCUGGACUGUUUGAUCCAAUUGCAAGCUCCAUCCAAGUUACCGAGUUUACGAUAAAAGAUGCAUACACCCUUAAGUUAUUCAAAAAUAACUCAAGCCGCCUGCCAGCAUGGUGCAACGACGGGGACGACGUGAAGCUUCCCUACUGUCAAAUUAAAGGCAAGUAUAGAAUGGACCUACCUGAUUACAACACCAUGGAUCCAUAUCCUCAUAUGAACGAGAGGUGCCCAACUCUACCUCCUGAAUAUUACAGGCCUAAGAACUGUUAAGCUACUUCCUUUGUUCUUUUUAGUUAGUCUUGUAGUCAUUCCUGAGUUUAAUCUCUGUCCAUUCUCUGUUAGUUAUACCAUUUAUAUUGUUCGAUAAAUAUGUGAAAAAGGUUAUAUAAGUGAUUAACGAAGUGUACAAAAAAUGUAUGUAGGAUAUAAUACCUGUACAGUAUGUGGGGAAACAAUUGGUAGAAAUACAUUUUGGGAUUCACACCUGUAUAGUUGAUGCUAAGAAUCUUUCUUCUUAUGGUGAAAUUGAUUAACAUCAUUUAA